GGUGGAAGGAAGUUGGACUUCUAUUUGACCGUUUCCGUCUCCGGCAGACAUAUUGCUUACCGGAGCAAAUUCUGGAAAGCUAGCAGUGUGGAACGAUUUAAACUUUAUUGUUUCGUCACAUUUUGAGACAUUUAAAACCCAGAAAACACGAUGGAGCCAUCAGCCAGUCCGGCCAAGGAUAACUACAGGAUGAACCGCUACAAGAACAAAGCACUGAACCCAGAGGAGAUGAGGCGCAGAAGAGAGGAGGAGGGCAUCCAGCUCAGGAAGCAGAAACGAGAACAGCAGCUCUUCAAGAGGAGAAACGUGGACGUUCUGAAUGAAGAGGAGGCCAUGUUCGAGAGUCCUCUGGUGGACCCCUUCGUGAGCUCGCCAGUUACAGAAGGAGUCAUCACCAGAGACAUGGUGGAGAUGCUUUUCUCAGAGGACCCGGAGCUUCAGCUCGCCACCACACAGAAGUUCAGAAAGCUACUUUCCAAAGAGCCUAACCCUCCCAUUGAUGAGGUCAUCAAUACUGCUGGGGUGGUGGAGAGGUUUGUGGAGUUCCUGAAGAUGACCACCAACUGCACACUACAGUUUGAAGCUGCUUGGGCGCUAACUAACAUAGCAUCGGGAACGUCCCUGCAGACAAAGACGGUCAUCGAGGCUGGAGCUGUCCCAAUCUUCAUAGAACUACUGAACUCAGACUACGAGGACGUUCAAGAACAAGCUGUGUGGGCUCUGGGUAACAUUGCAGGCGACAGUGCAGUGUGCCGGGACUUUGUUCUGAACUGUAACAUCCUCCCGCCUCUGCUGACGCUUCUGACCAAAUCCACCAGGCUGACCAUGACCAGGAAUGCAGUGUGGGCUCUGUCUAACCUCUGUAGAGGAAAAAACCCUCCGCCUGCCUUUGAAAAGGUUUCCCCCUGUCUGCCAGUGCUGUCCAGGCUCCUAUUUAGCAGCGACCCGGACCUGCUGGCAGACGCCUGCUGGGCUCUGUCGUACCUCUCGGAUGGACCCAACGACAAGAUCCAGGCUGUCAUUGACUCUGGGGUUUGCAGGCGUCUUGUAGAACUGCUGAUGCACACAGACUAUAAGGUGGCCUCCCCCGCUCUGAGAGCGGUGGGAAACAUCGUCACAGGAGAUGACAUUCAAACUCAGGUGGUGUUGAACUGCUCCGCCCUCCCCUGCCUGCUGCAUCUUCUCAGCAGCGCUAAGGAGUCCAUCCGCAAAGAGGCCUGCUGGACCAUCUCCAACAUCACAGCAGGAAACAGAGCACAAAUACAGGCCGUCAUCGACGCCAACAUCUUCCCGGUCCUCAUCGGGAUUCUGCAGAAAGCGGAGUUCAGGACCAGGAAAGAGGCAGCCUGGGCCAUCACCAACGCUACCUCCGGAGGGACGCCAGAGCAGAUCAGGUACCUGGUGAACCUGGGCUGUAUAAAACCUCUCUGCGACCUGCUGACUGUGAUGGACUCCAAGAUUGUCCAGGUGGCUCUGAACGGACUGGAAAACAUCCUGAGGCUCGGCGAGCAGGAAGCCAAGCAGGAGAACAGCGGCACCGGCACCAAUCCUUACUGCAGCCUCAUCGAGGAGGCUUACGGACUCGAUAAGAUUGAGUUCCUUCAGAGCCACGACAACCAGGAGAUCUACCAGAAGGCCUUUGACCUCAUCGAGCAUUACUUUGGCGUGGAGGACGAGGACAGCAGUCUUGCCCCCCAGGUGGACCAGGCCAACCAGCAGUUCCUCUUCCCCCAACAGGAGGCCCCCAUGGAGGGCUUCCAGUUAUAGGUCAGCGGGCGUCUCCCCUUCAUUCCCUCUGGAACCACCCCCCCUCCGCUUUAUGAUCUCUGCACAUCAGAGGAAACCAGAACUGUGGAUCCGUUGGGCCCCCUCCUCCUGUGUUUGCAGCAGACUGACCCCCCCACAGAGCGGACUCACAUGUCCCUGUGUUUGUGGGUCCUCCAGCGGGAGCGAUUCAGCUCGUUUCCUGUGCUUAUCAAGCUUUCUUUACCCCCCCCCCAGAUUAUCUGUCCCUCUCUUUGUCCUUUUGGAAGUUCUGGUUCAUGAAGCUCUGUGGUCGUCCCGCUUCAGGCUGAUCCGUCUCUGCUGCCAGGAGAACAGGCGACUUCUUUCCUCCUUUUGAGGCAGGUGUUUUCUUUGAGGGGGGGGGGCACUUUAGCAAACAGUCUGAAUUUAGAGGGGUGGAAUAGUAGAAUCCAAUGUUUGUGGUGUGCUGUGUUCCUAACAUCUGACUUUUGAAGUGGCCUAAUCAUGUAACACAGGAUGUUUUGAUGGGAGGGGGGCAAACCACAUCUACUCGUGCACGAAUAACAUCUGUUAGACUAUAGGGGGCUCCAUUAGGGUGAAACACCUCCCCCCCAGGUUGUAAAUGAUGGCCGGACAGGAGCUGUGAACUUGAGAGGAGGCGGGGUUUUGUACAGGUGGGGGUCACGGCGGGUUUUUUGUGGUCUCGUGGUAUGUUUUUGGUGUAAAUAGGUCUUCUGCGGUCUGGGGGGAGGGGCUAGGACGAGCCUAACUGCAACAAAGAUUCAAAUAUGGGUUUGUAUUUGGAUUUGGGUGUGUUUGCGUUGUUUCUAGUUGCGCACACUUAACGCACACAUGCACACAACACCAGCAGACACUGUACACAACGCUCACAAGAGAGUGGCUGGAAGCAAAGAACGAAAAAAAAUGAAGUUUCUGGAUUUGUUAUUUAGUUUGAGCACAAAGUGAAGACUAUAUUUUAUUUUUGUUAUGAUGUCGCUCUUUUUGUUGGGACUCCAGAAUGAGAGUUCAAAGGAAGCUUCUGGAAGUGUUUUCUUUGCUUCUAGCCACAGGACUUUAGAUGGCCCUGACUGACCCGGCUGCAUCUGAUGGGGGCCGGCGUCGGGGCGGAGCAGAACUGUGAUGUUCGACUGACAGGUUCUCCACCCAGACUUCUGGUCUGGGAGCCGCGGUCCUGUCGACGACAGAAGCAGCUCUCGUUGACGGUUUUUUAGGAUUUCCUCUGUGGAGUGUCGUCCACAGAACCCGGCGGCUCCCCGUCGACCCGCUCAAACCAGAACCCGAGACUUCACAGCCACUCGGGCUCAAAGAUGCCAGAUCGAAUCCCUGCAUCAACUGGGAAGAAAUGUUUCUCUGCAAACCAGAAAUGCACUCCUGCUCACUAAAGUGCCAAUCCGACCAACAAAGACUGGAGGUUCUUAGGUUUCUAUAGAUUCUUUAUUUACUUGAAUGUGCACACGUUUUGUGCAGAACAUUGCUGCUUAUCUUUAAAGUUACAUUAUUUGCCAUGGCUCUCUGAGACAUGUUCUUCUGGGGCUCCCAAAUGACAAUGUUUAAUGUCUGGGGGGUUAAAGGCUGAUCUUUCUGGGUGUUUGAUCCUUCUUCAUCACUGCAAAUGUUUGGCAUCUGUGGUUCUGGUGGGGGGCAUUGUCUGCAGCCCUUUCAGCUGCUCUACAGAAGCCUUACUUGCUAAGCCCCGCCCCCUCCUUCAAGGAAAAGCUUUCGUCUGAGAUUCAAUUCUGAAUCUGAUGUAAGAAUUUCCUCCAAUCCUCCGCUCUCAGAGACAACUGCUCGCGUUUUCAAAGUUAAAGUCUGAGAAAUAAUGCAGUGAUUUACAUUAAAAAGUAUUAAAACUAUAUGUAUGUUCUGAUACAUUGACGAGAAUUCACACAUAAUUCUAAUCACUUCUGGGAAGUGGAGAAAAUCAUCUUCAGGACUGGAGGUGAGGAGGCCUCCCUGCUUCUCGGAUCUUUUCCUGAUCAGAGCGGUUCUGUCGAGGAACCCGGACGGUCCGGUCCGGCGUCAGCAGAAAUCUCAAAGUGAUCUCAAAUUGUCUUCCGUCCUAGACUCUGUUUAUCAAAUCUAAAGCCAUGCUUGGCUCAGUCAAGUGAUGUCUAUGCUGCAAAUGUUUACAGUGCUGUUUGUAAAGUACUUUCAGAAUCUGACCAGUCCCGGUGGAUCCUCUGCUCUGGUCGGCUCAUUUCUUUGACUCAUAUUUAUUUUCUCUUUUCUUGUUUAUAUAUAAUAUAUAUAGUUUGUGUUUGUUUUUUUCCAUUUGUUCUAAAUUACCCAUCUUAUACUGUGACCUGACUUGACUUUACCGACUGUAAGAAUGAGAGACGAGAAACUAACACACUUCAGCUGAACAUGACACAAACAUGAACAUAGAAACGCAAACUGCAACAUGGUGUAAAAUGUAAAGAAAUUAUAUGGAAUUUAAAAAGAAAAUACUGUACAAAUCAAAUAAAGUUAUGUUGCAACCCUUUCAA